CAACGGGUCAUUUUAAAAGAAACAGAAACUGAAAGCAGUCCCGUCGCCUGGUUGCAUCAUCUGCAGUCUAGUGCCAAACCUCCUGCACUCUAAAAGCUGUAAGACCGCCUGAGUGCUGCAUUCACGGUAAUACAUUUACAGACUCAAGAAGUUACCAAGCAACAACGUGUCUUUCGUUUUGCAUUGCCCACAGAGAACCGUGCAUUUCUGUUUUCCACAUCUCAAGCCAUUCACAUUUCGCUUUAAGCUGCAGAGAGGCGCGCUGGUGUUGCGCCAACUUCUAGAUUUUGAAUGGCAUCCCUUCUCCCUGAGGACACACUUCACGGAUGAUCCGUGCUGAGUGAAGGUCAGUCGGCAAGACCAGUCUCCUGUUUUUGGACGAAAUGUCCCCGAUACUCAUGGACACCCAGUACGACAGCAACAGCCCAAGCUCCAUGUCAGCUGAGGAGAACCACAGCAACAACGCUGGAUCGGAAAGAGAAGGAGAGGUACAACAGGAGGGACGUGGAGGGGUAAGACGACAGAAGAAGAACAGAGAUGCUGCACGGAAGAGCCGCAAGAAGCAAACAGAGAGAGCGGACGAACUUCAUGAGGAGCUGCAGACUCUGGAGCGAUCAAAUACAGCCCUUAAGAAGGAGAUCGCCUCAUUGAAGAAAGACUUCAACCUCUAUACGACGGCUCUGGAGCGCCACGUGCCUGUCUGCACCCUCAGAGCCUCUGCAUCCAGCUCAACAACCUACCUCUCAGUUUCCCCUUCAGCCGACUGUCAGACCGGCCCCAGCCCUCUUCAGGCCUCGAGCUUCACUCAAGCUGCUGCCCCCUCGCACUCUACCUCCUCGACCUCCGGCCUUGGUCUCCAAACCCUCAACACUGUAGAAAGCUCUCAUCUCACAUCUUCAACUCCUGCUCCGACAGCUCCAUCAUUAGUCUCAUCCGCUCAGCGCUUCACUCCCUCCAGCUCUAUCCCUGGUUCUUAUGCUAUGCCUUUCCCUACAGUCCCGCCUCCUCACUCUUUGUUUAGAGAAGCUCCUCCAUCCCUAACCGCUUCAGGGAUGACAAAACGUGUUAAACUUAUUUCAAGCAAAGAACCCCCCAGCUCUCUCGCCACACCGGCUCAGCCCAAAUCUGGGCAAGGCGCACACCUUGACAGUUCUCUAGAUUCAGGAAAAGCUUGUUUCUCUCCACGUCCUCCUUGUGCGCUCGAUGCCUUCCCAUCGAAACAACCUUCUUUUUUACGUCCGUCAUCGAAUGUAGGGCCCCUAUACUCCACUUUGGUGUCAGGAAACACAGGUCAAGCAGCUCAAGCUUGUCUAAUGAGUAUGUCACAGCUUCACCCAGGAAGCUUCAAAGGAAAUCCAGCGGAUCCACCGUCAACUCUUCAAGGUUCUGCUCCUCAGCCGCUCUCAGUUUCCCUUCAGGCUAACCUGGAGCCGUCUCCAGACUCUGCUAAUGCCGCACAUAAUUCUACGCCCCUGCUUUCCCUGCUCACAGUCCCAUGUCCACUUAAUGUCUCUCAGAUGACAUCCAGCAGCUUUGAAGGGCCGCUCUCUCUUCCCCCACUCCAACUUCAAAAUUCAGGGGAUUGCUCGUUAGAUUUGGCCCUUUCUGAGCUCCUGGAAUUCGAUGAUUGGAUACAUUUCAUAUAGCAAGGCAGUUCUUUUCAACCACAUUGGUACCAAGUCAAUGCUGAUGACUGAGAGUUCUUUUUUCUUUUUUUAAAUAACCACAGCACAGCUUAUUAUAGUGACAACACUGCACUUAGCAGCUCCAUCAACAACUCUAAUAUUCAAGGUUUUACAAGUUUGAGAAGACACAUUUUCCCAUUUUACAUUUGUACAUGAAAACAAAAAUGAACAAAUGUGUUUUGGCAGUUGCUCAUAUCACCCCCUUUCCUUUUUGAAGGGAUGAUUUCACGAUUUUGCAUUGUGUAGUAGUGCAUUUGAAACUCAUAUUCAAGUACCGGAGUCAAUUUUCUCGUCCUAAAGCUGCUAAAAUGUCCAACUUUGCAAUAAAAGGCCAAAUUCAGUUAAAAAAAUUAGCUACUUGUUGACAAGCCCCUGGAAAUGAAAUGUGAACCUUAAUUCCAGCAGCAUACAAGCUUUUCUGUUCUGAAAAUCUCAGCGGUAGGCAUUCUUCUUUUUUGUCCAUAGAUGAUGGACUGACAGUUGACACAACACUUCAAGUCAGGGUGGAGUACUCACUUCCCUGCAACUUCAAGGAAAUGUCCUUAGGACACACGCCCAUCUGGGCUCCAUCUGAGUGAUCGUGUGAGUUUUUGAAUGAGUGGCUAACGACCUGCCCAUGGCAACACAUUACAGGCAUUACUACUUCGCUUUUUUUCUUCUGUCUUUUAAUUUCUUUUUUACCUCGUUUGUUUUGCACAAUCAAAAUUCCUCUUCUUAAACAUUUCGCUGCUACUGAAAAUGUAUUUAUGUUCUCCAAUAUUUUAAUCAAGACAAACAAUCAGUCAACUUGCUGAUGAACUUUUCAAGCACAAUUUUUCUCAUUUACUUUUCCUGUGAUAAAAUAUAUACAGCUCCUUCCUCUUCUCUUGAAAUAACAGAAUUGUAUUAUUUAAACGUAUUCUAAUUAUCCUGAUAAUAAUAAUUAGAAUAGGUGUUUUAAUAGAGUCUACUAUACUCACCUGCAAGAAUGACUUCACAACAAGACAAAGGUGAUGACUACAUAGGGAUAAAAAGCCUGACACACCACAAGGUGCCCAGAUAAAAUGUGUCAGGUGGUAUUAUCCAAAUACUUUGGGUCAUCUGUAUUAAAUAUCUGCUUUAUAUUUUUGGUGGCCAAGUAUAUUCCUCAAUAAAAUCAUGCUUAAGAUUUAUUUUGAAAUGCAUUCAUUUUAAAUAUCUGUUGAAACUCGCUGCUCAUCUUGACAGAAAUCCACACAUGAAUGGCUUUGACAAAAAAAACUGAUUGAAUACUGUCAAAAUGGAGCUUACUCUUGCCUAUCAAAGCUUUAAUUAAAUAUGAAAAAAGACAGUGUUAAUCACCCCAGGGGCUCCUAGUCGUUCAAUCCUUCAUGCACAAAGCAUUUGACAACUUUCAUUCGCAGUUGACGUAAGACCAAAAACAGAAAUGUGUGUAUUAGAUCAGAUAGUUUUGCAAUUGUUUGUAUUUUUUAAAACGUGUGCCUUCCAACCGUCUGUCUUAAAGACGUGUAUUUCACAGACAGUAAGCCCGCACAGAUCCUUGAGAGAGAAAAGAUGAGAUGAUGGUGUAUUAAGGAACACUUGAAUACGGACCAUGAACAGGCAUUUUUGUAUCGGUAUAACUGCUGUAUGUAAAUGUGUUAAAGUUAAUGAAUAACUAGCUAAUUAAAUCAUUACUAAUGGGGAGAUUUUAAAAAAGUAGCUGGGCUUCUUCACUUUGUAUUUGAAUUUCACUUUAGUGUUUUCUGAGGAUUUUUUGUGUGUAUUUUUCUGCUUUUUGUGCACUAUAUGUGUCGAUCCAUAUGAAAUAAAUGCUUAAUAUAGUUGAUCCUUUCUGAGGCAUUGUGUGCGUUGGAGAUGUUACCAUUUUGCAUUUCUUAUGCAUUAAAUGUAUAUAUUGAAGCUCUACUA